AUGUCUGAAACUCAAGGUAAGCCAAUUAAAUGUUUAGCUGCUGUUGCAUACAAGGCAGCAGAACCAUUAACUGUUGAAGAAAUUAUCGUGGAACCUCCAGAAGCUCACGAAGUUCGUAUUAAAAUUACUCACACCGCUGUUUGCCAUACUGAUGCAUACACUUUAUCUGGGGUUGAUCCAGAAGGUGCUUUCCCAUGUGUGCUGGGUCAUGAAGGUUCUGGGAUUGUAGAAUCAGUAGGUGAAGGCGUUUCAUCGGUUAAAGUUGGUGACCAUGUAAUUGCCCUAUACACUGCUGAAUGUGGUGUUUGUAAGUUCUGUAAGUCUGGCAAAACAAAUUUAUGUGGCUCUGUUAGAGAAACCCAAGGUAAAGGUGUUAUGCCAGAUGGUACUUCAAGAUUCAAGAAUUUAAAAGGCGAAUCUCUAUUACAUUUUAUGGGUUGUUCAACUUUCUCUCAGUAUACUGUUGUUGCAGAUGUUUCUGUUGUGGCAAUCAAUAAAACUGCACCAUUACAAUCUGUUUGUUUACUAGGUUGCGGUGUUACUACAGGAUAUGGUGCUGCUAUUAAAACGGCCAAUGUUCAGAAAAAUGAUACUGUAGCAGUCUUUGGCGCAGGAACUGUUGGACUAAGUGUUGUCCAAGGUGCUCAAGCCCGUGGCGCUUCUAAAAUCAUUAUGGUUGACGUUAAUUCUAAGAAAGAAACAUAUAGUAGACAAUUUGGUGCUACUGAUUUUAUAAAUCCUAUGACUGAUUUAAAACCAGGUGAAACAAUUGUCAGCAAACUAGUUGAAAUGACCGAUGGUGGUCUUGAUCAUACUUUCGAUUGUACAGGUAACGUUAAAGUCAUGCGUGAUGCUCUUGAAUGCUGUCAUAAAGGUUGGGGCCAAUCCAUUAUUAUUGGUGUAGCUGCAGCAGGUCAAGAAAUUUCAACUAGACCUUUCCAAUUAGUCACUGGGAGAGUAUGGAAAGGGUCUGCCUUUGGUGGUGUUAAAGGUCGUUCUGAAAUGGGUGGGUUGAUUGAAUCUUACCAAAAAGGUGACUUAAAAGUUGAUCAAUUUAUUACCAAUAAAAGACCAUUUACUGAAAUCAAUGCUGCCUUCGAAGAUUUACAUCAUGGUGACUGCUUACGUACCGUUUUAGAUUUAGAAAAAUAA